UCAUCCAUAUAAUGAAUCGUUCAUUUCGUUGUGUCCCAUUUUUAAUCAAGCAACAGGCUUCCAAAUCGAACGUUUCCCUUUAGACAUUUCCGAACAGAACAGAACCGAGCAGACCCCAAGCACACAGGGAUAUCAAGCAGCCGAAGGAGCCAGAGAGAACUGAACUGCAGAGGAUCUAGGAUCAUGGCUACCUCCGUUUUGGCCACGAUGUGUGCGGAGCGCUUGACCAAGCUCCUGGUCCGCUACUCCCGCGCCCAGCCGGUGGUGCGAAAUCAGUCGCAGUGCGUGGACAAGGUGCUGAGUCCUUUGCCCAGGAGUGAAGCCACCAUGGCCUACUUGAAGCCAGCUGCUUGCCCAGCGCCUCCCCAAGCCAAACAGACGAACACCGCAGCAAAGUGGCAGCCGAUGGGCAGCAUCACGAGCAUUGGCCAGAGAUUCCAGCGCGAGGCCAUCGAACCGCGACGUCUGAGCUUCUCGAGAAAUCAAGCCGUCUUUCCCAACAAAUCGAGGGGUUUGGAGGACUGGAAGCAACUGGGAAGCGGACGUUACUCAGCUCCAUUCGCCGGCAUUUUCCAGGGUCAGAAGAAAUCCUUUACCCAACAAACCCUUGCCUUCGAUCGCCAAAAGCUGUAUCGGGACUGCUAUUAACCGAACACACAGGGAUGCUCUUCGACCUCCUGAUGCCAAACUUCAUUCGCAGCUCAGCCACAACACUUUGAUCUUCAGUGUUCUGACUGAGUUGCGACUGAGAGUGGCAGCAUGUGCCCAAGACUGCCCCCCAUUCGACGUAUUAAAGAUGUCUCGUGUUCA